GAGGUUGAUGCGCUCUGAGAGCGCUGGACGGAGGCGGUGAACGGAGGUUUUCUCUUGGCCAGUGAUGGGGCUGAGCCCCUCUGAUUUCCCCAGGCCACCCCUGCACUGCCUCUGCUUGGUUCUGCGUCUGCUCGCUGAAGAAGCUGAACAGGCAAGAGGAGUCUCUUCCCCUGGGUGCAUAGGUCCCCGUUGGCCGAGGCUUUGAGUCCUAACCGCCACAGCUGACGGCUGCGAGGGAUUGAGACCAGAAAAUUUGAUUAUGAUGUGUCUGAGCUUGGACCUUCUUGGAUUUAUCCUGUUUGGGGUUUGCUGAGGACUGAGAAUGAUACAAGCAGAAAGAUUUCUGAGAAAGAGAAAUGAGUUGCACAAUUGAGAAGGCACUUGCUGAUGCUAAAGCCCUUGUUGAAAGACUGAGAGAUCACGACGAUGCAGCAGAAUCUCUGAUUGAGCAAACCACAGCUCUCAACAAGCGAGUAGAAGCUAUGAAGCAGUAUCAAGAAGAAAUUCAAGAACUUAAUGAAGUUGCAAGACAUCGGCCACGGUCCACAUUAGUUAUGGGAAUCCAGCAAGAAAACAGACAAAUCAGAGAAUUGCAACAAGAGAACAAAGAAUUACGUACAUCCCUAGAAGAACAUCAGUCUGCCUUGGAACUUAUAAUGAGCAAGUAUCGAGAGCAAAUGUUUAGAUUGCUAAUGGCUAGCAAAAAAGAUGAUCCAGGGAUAAUAAUGAAGUUAAAAGAGCAGCACACCAAGAUUGACAUGGUGCAUCGUAACAGCUCCGAAGGAUUCUUCCUUGAUGCAUCUCGACACACCCUUGAAGCACCUCAACAUGGACUGCAGAGGAGGCACUUGGAAGCAAAUCAGAAUGAAUUACAAGCACAUGUUGACCAGAUAACUGAAAUGGCAGCAGUAAUGAGGAAAGCCAUUGAAAUUGACGAGCAACAGGGUUGCAGGGAACAGGAACGAAUAUUUCAACUUGAGCAAGAAAAUAAAGGCUUGAGAGAGAUCCUUCAAAUAACUCGAGAAUCAUUUUUGAAUCUUAGAAAAGAUGAUGUGUCGGAAAGUACAUCUUUGUCAGCAUUAGUGACCAAUAGUGACCUGAGUCUGAGGAAGAGCUGAAGAGCUUUUAAGUCUGUGAAUGAAUUAACAGAAAAAUCCAUCUCAAGCUGCCCUUUGUUUUAUUUUUUUUAUAAUACGUACGGUGCACUGGCAAUGACAUUUUUAAAAGAUAGCGACAAGAAAAUGCAUACUUAAUGGUCAUAGAUGUUAUUCCAAACUAUAAUUGAAAAAUAGAAACUAACCCUUUGUUAUUUGGUGAACAAGUUAAAGAUUUUCACAGUGACUGCUGCAUGUAUUAAGAGCUUUCAGCAGUGCUGUUGGCUUUCUGGUUGACACUUGGAUAAACAUGAAUAUCCCCAACAGAUGUCUGGGAAUUAAUAGAAACAUCCCAAUUUUAAAAUACAAAUUUUGCCACAGUAUUGUGAAUGGAAAAUCGUCAUACUAAAUUAUAUCCUCCCUAUAGGGUGAAAGUUAACAAGUAGCUUACGUACCAUGAGACUUCAGCUUUAAUGAUUGCCUAUCUACCUUCUCAUUAAUUUAAAUUUUUGUCAAAGAAAGUUCAGUUUGAAAGACUUAGGAAUGUUUUAUAUGCACCGUAAAUAAGAGAGGUAAUUUAAUUUUAGCUAAUUUAUCCUAAUUAAUACUGAGCUAACAAUUGUCCAUGAUUUACUUAAGUAUAUGAAAUAUUUCAGGAAUGAAAGAGAAGGAAUACUACUUUCUAAGAAAGAAGAGCUUAUAAGAGACGUAUUUAGUAGGUUAAACUACUUCUUUGAAAGAAUAAGUUUUGGUUCUAAAUCAGUAAUGAAGAUGAGAGUUUUCUCUUCUCUGGUUGAUCUUUAAGGAUAUUAUGUAGCUCAUUUAGCUAACAGUUGAAAUGUUUGAUAUAGCAAGAUAAGUAUGGCAAUUUCAAAGUAAAUUGAGAAUUCCUCUGUCUCAAAACCUUUUUUUUUUUUUCCUUAAGUAAUUACGCUUAACACAUAUAGAAACAGUAAGUUAAAAUUAAAAAAAAAAUUUUCUAGAUCUGUUCUUAAGUUCCAUCUGGUUCUCAUAACCUAUAAGAUGUUUCUUGUAACCCUUCAGUCAAAGGGCUGGGGGGUGGUGAGGGGGAAAUCUGGAUUUAUAAGUAUUUGUUUUAUUUUUUACAGAAUAUAUAUCCAGUAUAUAAGUUUUUUAAAGCUGCUAGAAAUAGAAAUGUGCUUUAACAUCAGUUGAAAUCUAAAUUUUUCGUAUUUUGUCGUGAUUAUAGAAGAAAAGGUAAGAGUGUCAAAUAUGAUUAUUAAAUAUACUGUACUCGUUUAUAUUAAAUAUAUAUUAAAAAUAGCACAAUAGAAAAUUCUACUUUGGAGUAUAUAAUUUGUUAAAGUAAUAUUUACAUGGUAACUUUUAUGUAUAAUUUCAUAUGUUGGUAAAAUUCAAGACUACUUUUCACUUCGGAAUUUUUUAUCUUAAGUUUGGGGUAAGUGGGGUUGAUGAGACUGAUUGAAUAGAAAAGGGCUAAUGGCCCAAACAUAAAUAGAUUUCUUUUCUCAUUCAGAGGCCUUAAUUGUUAUUUGAUAAACAAGUGACAGUUUUU